AUGCCCAAUAGCCAGGCAUCACAGCCUCCGCAUCUGCCGGUAGGUCUGCCGCCUCCACCGGGCAUUCCUCAACAACAACAACAACAACAACAACAACAACAACAACUACCUAUCGGGUCUGGCUCUACACAAGUACAAGGCCCGACACCGGGUUCUAGUACUCAACAUACAACAACAGCAACUAUAUCAACGACACCUGUAACAUCAACGGUAGCUGCAACUGCAAUAGCAACUGCAAACUCUUCAACUUCAACUACACCACAACCACCGUUCAAACAACUUCAACACCACUCUGGGCCUAUUCAGCACCAUUCACAAGGAUCCCAACAACAACAACAACAGGUAUUAACCCAGCAGCCACAGCAUCUCCAUCCGGGUCAUUCUCCAGCAAUGGGUCCUGCACGGACUCCUAGUAUGCCACCAAUAUCACCAGCAAUGGCUUCAUUCCCACCUCAACAUCAACAACAGGUCCCAGGUACCUCCGGUGCUAGUCCUCUGGCUCAAAAUACCCCAAUGGGAGGAGGCCCACAAUUACAAACAGGAACCGCAAAUGCAUUCUCAUCACCGGUACCUCAAGGAACACCACGAAUGGCUUCUGCAGCACCAAUCCAAUCUCCACAACAGCAACAGCAACAACAACAACAACAACCUCCUCUUCCUCAAGCAAUGAUUCCACAGUUUCCUUAUAUGCCUUACCAAAUGCCCUAUGGAGCUCCUCCUCAUCCUCAGCAACAACAACAAACGGGUCCCGGUGCUCCUAUCCAAUCUCCUCUUCCUCCACAUCAACAGCAUCAGCAUCAGCAUCAGCAACACCAGCCGCAGCAGCCGCAACAACAUGGAAUGAUGACACAUCCAAUGACUCCGGCUCAACAGCAACAACUACAGCAACAACCGGGUCCUGGAAUCCCUCCUCAACGUUUACCAAUCCAACAAACACCUCCCGGUAUUCCUCAAGCAAUGACCCAUCCGGGACCUCUCCAACAACAACCUCCUCUACCAUCUUCUCAACAGCAACUACAUCAACAACAAUUACCACCAGGAAUCAUUCCACCUGGACAAACAGGACAAUCGGGACCUCCUCAACCAGGAGGACCUCAACCAGGAAGACAACCUCUUCAACCUCAACCUCCAGCACAGUCACACCAGUCUCAACCACAACACAUUCAAGGAAUGCCUGUGCAUCAAGUCCCUCAAAAUAUAUCUCAAGGAAUCCCUCAAUCAAUACCUCAAUCAAUGCCACAGACCAUGCCAAUGGCUCCGCAUCCAGGUAUGCAAUACCCGUACUAUCAGGGCAAUUAUCAGGGAAACUACCAAACAAACUAUCAAGGCAACUACCAGGGAAUGCCGUCCCACCCAUCCGUCUAUCAAGGAAUAUCUCCCUAUCCAAUAUACCCACCCUAUGGUAUGCCCUACAUGGGCUACCCGCCUCCACCACCUCCUCAUCCACAUUCACAAGGACCAAUUCCUCAGAACCAGUUCCAGCCCGUCCCAGCAGUUGCCAAUCUUCCACCACAUCCUGUGUCGAUUCCUACAGCUCCUCCUCAUUCUUCUUCUUCUCCUUCUUCUUCCUCUGCUGCCGCUGCUACUACACCUACCUCCGCUACACCUUCCAGAGAACAGAGAACAUCUACCCCAAUUGAUAUCUCUUCUACAUCGGUUUCUCCUGUAGCUUCAACUACUGCCACUUCAACUACUGCUGCAGCUUCGCCUGAAAAGUCUAUUGCUAAACGGCCACCUGGUAGACCUCGCACCAAAUCACUUGCCAAAUCUACCACUGUCACCACCACCACUACUACUACUACUACUGCCACUGCUGCCACUAAAUCAUCUGCAGCCAAAUCUACCGUCAAACCCCCAGGCAAAGUUGCCAAGCCUGGAAGACCUCCUGGGUCCACUGCUAAAGCUUCAGCUGCAAAAGCUGCAGCUGCAAAAACAGCUUCUGCAAUGGCUUCAGCAGUCGAAGAAGCCAUGGCAAAAAAUACUGUGACGCGUCGUACCACCAGAGCCUCACGGGCUGCUGCCGAAGCCGCCGCUAAAUCUAAAGGCAAUUCCGUCGAUAAAUCUAAACCAGAGUCUACAACUAAGACCAAGACCAAAAAACAAGUCAAUACUCCUGUCAAGCAGCCCAGCAAAGUCGCCAAACCCACACCUGUGCCAAAACCAAAAGCGUCUUCCAAAUCCGUCAAAAUCCUUAAAGUUGCUGCGGCAACUACUACUACUGCUCCUACUACUGCUCCUACUACUGCUCCUACUACUGUCACUGCUACUGCCACUGCCACUGUUCCUACUACUGCUACUUCUCAUCCAACUUCUUAUACUACUUAUGCUGCCCUAAAUUCAACUGCCACCCCUAAAACACAACCUUCGCCAGCUAAGACUUUUAAAGGAACUCCUUCUGUCAACACUGCUUCACAUAUCAAUACUACUCCUUCUAACCAGACUGCCUUGCCUGUAAAGUCCUCGACUCCUGCUAAAGCUAAAAACUCCAAGACCCCCCGUACCCACAAUACUAAUACUGGAUCUUCCAAAAACAUAUCGCUCCCCAUUCUACCUUCUUUAUUAGAAUCCAAUCCAAUUAAACCCGUCAAGACCAAACAGCAAGCAAGUCUUGACUCCAGGCCCACGCUGAUUGGCCUUGACAAAUCGAUCCAACGUGCACUUGCUCAGUUCUUAAUCCCAGAUGAUCAGCGCCGUGUCAGUCAAACACACUCUGCCCUUCGCCACACUUUCCGCACUGAGUCGUGGCGAGCCAUUCAAAUUAGUGAUCACUACUUCGACAAAAAAUCAAAACAUUGGCUUACUGUUCCUAAAAAAGUGAUUAAUGCACCUCACAAAUACACACGUAUUGCCAAGCUGUCUGAGACACGCUUUUUAGCGCUUUACGGGAACGCAUACCACCAUGAGUUUAAAAAUUCUUUGGCCUUUUCAACUAUAAUUGAUAAAAAAUUUUUUAGUAGUCUGGUUAAGGUUACUGUUAUUGAUGAACCCCAUGGGGAAUUUGAAUCCUUCAAUCUGAAGUUGAUUUCAACAACUCCUCUUUACACCUCUAUGGUUGCUCAAAAUAUCCCUGGAUUGUCUGCUUCUAUCAAGUCCACUACAGGACCCUUUGAUCUUAACAUUUUAUCCAAGUUGGUACUCUCCUUCAAUUCCCAGGAAAAGGUCCCUCAGGAAAACCUUACUGGACUUAACAUUGAAGAAUUACGUAUCGGGGCCAUGUCUGUGGAACAUUUCCAGUGGACCAUGAAACAAAUCCCUCAGUUGCACCGACUACGCUUGGUUGAAACAAACAUGGUUUGUGGUAAGGUCAAGGGCAACACGUUUAGCGUCGAUAAACGGUUUACGAUUCUAUCAGCAGCAGAUUUCAAAGUCAAAAAAUUCAUCGUCAAUAUGACUGAAGAAAACAAGAUUGCAGCAUACAAGGUUGAUGCUAUAUCAAAAGCCAUUGCGGUGAGUCCCAUUACGCAUCUCCACUGUUACCAUGCAGUUGAUUUUGCUGGGUUUUUCAAAAGCUUAACCCUGCCAAACCUCCACUCGAUCAAGCUACAUGGUAAUAGUAAACUACCCAAGGCAGUAAUUUCACGGCACCUCAAGGGAAUCAAGUAUAUCGAGGUUCGCAUAGAAAAGCUGUCGGGCUCUUCAACCAUCCUACUUAGUUUAUCAGAGCUCAAGGUGGCCGAACGGCUGGUGAUUAAUAUGAACGAAGCAUUUAAGGAUUAUGAAUAUCUUUGGCCGUUUUUAACCGAUUCAUGGAUAUCAAGCGGUGGAAGCUGGACCAUUGACCCUCAGUUUGCAGGCGAUAGUGACCGAUUUGAGGAUAAUGGGUUUGUGCUUCUAGUGCAGGAGGAGUCUGGGAAUGACUAUGAACUGGAUGUGAUUUCUGUGAUGGGACAAAUUGUUGUGGAUCCGCACUAUACUCAACGUGAGGCCAAGGGAGUGAUUAUGAGAAAGAAGUACAAGGACUUAAUUGAAUCUGUGGCCCGAUGGGAAUCUGUUUUUGAGGAGGUGAUGCGGAUGCCGUCGCUUCGAUACUUUUACCUGCGUUCCAACAAGCCAAUUUAUUACUCAUUCUGGCUAUCACGGGCCAUAACGUUUGCACCCAACUUGCAACAGGUGCUAAUUGAUUCUGUUGUUAAGAAGGAUGAAGCGAUGAACUUCCCAGCACCACGGAAGCCUCUCUCGCAAGAAGACAUGGAGUUUGACCGACUCUCUUCAAUUGAGGAUUUGACGGUACCUCCUGCGCUGCUAUAUGUGGAAGCAUUACCUGAUAGGAAGAAGUCCAAGCCAACAGAGACGAAGAAUGUGGUUGCGCUGUAUAAUAUAUGUGGUAAGCAACGGUCUGUUCCGUUGACCAAGAUAUUUGAGCAACUGAGUCCGGAAGAGGUUAAGAAAGCCAAGGCUCGGUCUGCGGCUUCACGCAAGUUUUUGGAGGAACAUAGGUUUAGUACCAAGUUGGGGAAAGACACAAGAUUAAUUCAUAAGCUCGGUUAUGGUGGUUUGUCCACGGUUAAGGCUAAUUUUUUAGAAACUGAUAAGAAGUUUUUGAUGGAUUUCCGGACAUAUGAUAUUACAGAUGAAGAGUUCACAGGGUGGCUUUAA